AUGCAUCCACGGAGAUCCGAUGCACAACAUGGCAUCGCUGUCAAAGCUCUUGAAACGGCCAAAUCCCGAUCAAUGACGUCUCUUUCAGCUCUUUUAGCUGUCCUGUUCAUCUGGAUCGUCUAUCACUUCUACCAGAGGGAUCUACAGGAAUCAGGAUCUUGGGGGUGUGAAAUGAGCUGGAUGUCUCCCUCGUAUCAGCUCGUUGAAUGGCAGGAUAAUCCCAUACCACGUUACCAGGUUUACCUCUAUCGCGAGCAAGGUUUGGAGAUGGAGUCAUCUCUAAUUGGUCACCCCGUCAUCUUCAUCCCAGGUAAUGCUGGCUCAUACCAACAAGUGAGGUCUAUCGCGUCAUCCGCCGUCAGGCAGUAUCAAGAACAAUCUUCAUUUAGGCGGGGCAUGAUGAAGCUGGACUUCUUCACGAUCGACUUCAAAGAGGACUUUUCUGCUUUUCAUGCGCGUACUCUCUCCACACAAGCCGAUUUCAUCCGUCAUACUGUACGCCGGAUACUCGCUGAAUACAACCAUCUACCUUCUUCGGAGCGGCCUUCACAAGUCACGCUGCUAGCUCAUUCGAUGGGUGGUAUAGCUUCUAGAUUGGCUGUUACGGUAGAAGACAUCUCCAAUUCGGUCGACGCCAUCCUCACCAUGUCUACCCCUCACUUGACGCCUCCCCUCACCAUCGAGUGGGAUAUGGAACAGAUAUAUCAAACGAUCUCUCACCCCAUUCGACCACUACUCAUUUCAUUAUGCGGUGGAAUAUCAGAUACUCAAGUCGUAUCUGACAGCUGUGCUCUCCCUUCAACCCUUCUAUCGGAAGAUGAUGGAUUCGCUACCUUCACGACCGGGAUCCCUGGGGUCUGGACAGGGGUAGACCAUCAGGCUAUCGUCUGGUGCCAUCAAGUACGCUAUCUCAUCGCCAAGGCCCUUCUCCAGAUGGCUUCGAUACAAUCUCGGAUCGACAAAUUAUCUAUCGCAAGGAGUGCCUUUCUCGGAGACUAUAGCUUGAGAUCUUCCCACGUAGAUACACACAGUCUUCCCAUCACCUCUACCGAAAUGACGAUCAUAGCUGAGCCCAAGACGGAAGACUCUCACAUAAAUCUGGCGGUUCAACACUGCACGGACAAGUGUCGAGAUAUUCCGCUCACCCACUCACUUGUGCCGCGACCUAGGAAUAUCAAUGCCCCUUUCCCUCUGCCUGGUGAGGGCGUCAAGAGAGACGAAAAACUUCUGAUUGUCGAUGUUAAUCCGAGAGGAGUAGACGGAGUUUUGGAAGUGCGCACAGAUUCACAUCGGAUAAUCGAAGCCAGAUCAAGAAAGGUGAUGACAUCGCAGACAUCGACAUGGCGCGCCAACGACUCGUCACGUAAUGCAACUUCCCUCAUGCUGAACUUUCCCAAAACUCGCUCAUCGUCUUUGCUUGUACAUAAAGUUAGAACCAUCCUAGCUGGUAGCUGUGACGGUCUCCGUCCCAUCAUUCAGCAUAUUUCGAUACCCUCAUAUCCUUUCCAAAACGUCACAUCGGAAUCUCGCUCGUACCCUAAUACCAAAAGCGGCCAAUCCAUAUUUUUGCAUUCGCAUGUGGAAAGCAUACCUUUCCAAUCGGGAGAAAGUACUGCCAGCGGUGUGACUCUGAGAAUUGUCCAACAAUCGGAUUGUCGAGUUGAGCAAUUGCAGAUUUCCAUAGACACUUUUGGCAUCUUGGCCAAGAUCGUCACUCGCUACCGAAUGACCUUUAUUUCAUGGCCUUUGGGGUGGAUCGCGGUCGUGCUACUAAUGCAGUUGCAGGUAUUAAGGAGAGAGGGGAGAUUUCCAUCUUUUGGUGAUGGUCUGGAGCAAGUAGGUCGGCGUUGGCUGCUUGGCUGUUGCGUGUUACUGGGCGUUGUAAACAUCGUACAAGCAUGUUUGGGAACUACCCUGCAUCUCAAUACCCUCAUGCUCGGGACCGUUGACCUGGCUCUGCUGCCACUUGUAAUUUUUAUGGCUUUGUGGACAUUCAGCUUGACAUGUGUCGCUUGGUUUGGAGUUCACUUCAUCAAUGCUUCGCUUAGAACCAUGGUGUUACGAGCUUUUGGAAGGGGGUCUCAAGAGUCCAAUCAUACCAUCAAUACUCAUCCCUCACGAUCGGUAUUCCUGAUGUGCCUGAUCAUGGUCCUGGUAUAUUUGUUCAUACCUCAUCAACUCGUCUUUGUCGUGUCGGUGGCAGUACUAUGGGCCAGCCUCAUAUGGAAAGAUCGUAUAGAUAUAUCCGAUGAAUUCGGAAAUACCAUUUUGUUCUUAAUGAUCUUCCUCUUACCCUUUAAAGCGACGACGUUACUUGUCUGGGGUAGAAGUUUAUGGACCAACUGGCAACAUCCGUUGUCUAUCGAACACAACAUACUCUACGUAGGACCAGCCGUGCUCUUGACAGUUUUGUGUGCCGGUGGUAGCAGUCCUAAGAAGAGGAAUAUAACGAUUCAGAUUUGUCGAAUGAGCCUGUUCACUUUUGCAAUCUUAGCUUUCGUCUGUGGUAGUCGGUGGACAUGGAUGCUAUUACCAAUGGCUCACAUCGUAUUGCUGGCUCUGGUAGGGGUGAUUUGGUAA